AUGGGCGAAAAGGAAGAUGGACCAACCAGGCCUUCUACAUCGAUUGGACUCACCCAGGGAUAUUAUGGAGCUGUAAAUCCAUAUAACCUGCCAUAUAUGAUGCCUCCAAAUACAUAUCCACAUCCAUAUCCAUAUGCUUGGGGUAGCCAGCAACUGCCACGGCCACCCUUUGGACCAAACAUGACAUCCCCAGUGGAGAGUAAUCUGAGGGAGUUGAAUAGAGGUGAAGAUAGAACCCAGCAUCUGCCACAGCCACCGUAUCUGCCACAUCCACCUUUUGGAACAAACAUGCCAUCCCCUUCCUCGACUAAUCCGGAUGAGUUGAUACGAGGUGAAAAUACAACUCAGCAUUCGGCGAAGUCACCAUGUGUGCCAAAUAUCCCCUACUCACAUUGCGCAAGUGAGUCAUCAACUAUGCCAUCCAAUUCCGUAGGUGAAAAGAAUUUAGGAGAAACUUCAUCCGACAUAAAUAUAGAGCCAGAUGCAGAGGGGAUGAAUGAAGUAUUAGAUGAUGAUAACAGAGUCGAGCCUCCAACAUCUGGUAUGCAAUUUUCUACUGAUAAAGAGGUUUUAGACUAUUACAAACGAUACGCCAAACAAGAGGGUUUUGGUGUUAUCAUAAAAAGGACGAAGAGAGAUCUGGAUGGGGAUGCGAAGUAUGUGACCAUUGGUUGUGCACGUGGCGGCAGGUACUAUCCUAGCCACAGUAAUUUAGCAAAGCCACGAGCAACGACCAAAACUGAUUGUAAGGCAAAGAUAAAUGCUCGCUUUGUGAAUGGGGUAUGGGUGUUGACCAGUGUUGAUCUGGUUCAUAAUCACAGUACCGUUAGCCCACAGAAAUCUAGAUUUUUUAGAUCACACAAAUGUUUGGAUGAAUAUAGUCAGAGAAUGCUCGAUUUGAAUGAUAGAGCGGGUAUUCGGAUGAAUAAAAAUUUUCAAGCACUUGUGACUGAUGCGGGGGGGUUUGAGAACUUAGCUUUUCAAGAAAAAGAUUGUAGAAAUUUUAUUGACAAAGCUAGAUAUUUGAGAAUGGGUAAAGGAGGCGGUGAAGCACUAAACGACUACUUUAAGAGAAUGAGGAAAAUUAAUGAUGACUUCGUCUCCGUCAUGGAUGUGGAUGAUGAAUCUAGAAUUAGGAAUGUGUUUUGGGCUGAUGCACGAAGUCGGGCGGCAUAUGAGUACUUUGGAGACGUUAUCACGUUCGAUACAACGUACCUAACAAAUAGGUACGGGAUGCCCUUUGCUCCUUUUGUUGGAGUAAACCAUCAUGGGCAGUCCAUACUCUUGGGGGCAGGCUUGAUUUCAAGCGAGGACACAAGCACCUUCGUGUGGUUGUUUGAAGCAUGGUUAGAAUGCAUGAAUGGCAGGGCACCCGCAGCCAUCAUAACAGACCAAGGCAGGGCAAUGAAGAAUGCCAUUCAAAUUGUAUUCCCGAAUGCAAGACAUAGAUAUUGUCUCUGGCAUAUAAUGCGGAAACUGCCUGAGAAAUUGGGAUCCCACUCGGCAUAUAACGCAGGCUUGAAGACUGCAAUUCAGAGUGCAGUCUAUGAUACACAAACUUGCGAACAAUUUGAGGAGAAGUGGGUGCAGUUAAUUCAUAAGUAUGAUCUUAUUGAUAAUGCAUGGUUGCAGGGGUUGUACACCGAGAGGUCCUUUUGGGUACCAGUUUACUUGAAAGGUGUAUUCUCGGCUGGUAUGAGCACUACCCAACGGUCUGAAAGUAUGAACGCCUUCUUUGAUGGAUAUGUGCAUUCCGGUACGACAUUGAAAGAAUUUGUCGAUCAAUUCGACAAUGCUUUGAGGAAGAAGGUGGAGGCAGAGACGACAUCUGAUUUUCAGUCCUGUAACCAAACCGUCCCAUGUGUAUCCCUAUUCAAAAUUGAGAGCCAGUUUCAAUCAAUGUACACAAAUGCAAAAUUUAAAGAAGUCCAAGCGGAGGUUUGGGGGAUGCUUUUAUGUAACCCUACACUUGUGGGCACUGAAGGGUGCAUUUCCACCUUUGAUGUUUUCGAAGAAAUCUCUACACCUGUUGGACAGUCCAAAAUUGUGAAGUACAUAGUGUACUUCAAUGAAGACGAAUGCGAAGUUAAAUGCACGUGUGCCCUGUUUGAGAUGAGGGGGAUUCUCUGUAGGCAUGGAUUGAAAGUAUGUCAAAUGAAGUACAUUCAUGUGUUGCCAGAUAAAUAUGUGUUGGAUAGAUGGAGGAAAGACUUAAAGAGAAGAUACACACUUGUUAAGAGUAGCUAUGAUGAUUUACGGGUCAAUGCGGAUGCACGACGGUAUGAGCUUGUCGUUAAAAGAUGUCUAAGAUUUGCGACGCGUGUAUCUCGAAAUGAGGACCAUGUGAAUGCAUUCUUCCAUAUGUUGGAUGAGUUUGAGCAUAAGUGUGUAGGAUUAGAGCCUGAGUCCGGUUCAGCAAAGUUAAAAGAGAACGUGGUUGCCGAUAAGGAUAAGAAAAUAUUAAGCCCGAACGUUGUUCGGAGGAAAGGGAGACCGCCAACGAGAAGAAAGGUCCCAAUGGUUGAGAAGGCUACAAGGAAGAGAAAGAAGACACAGACAUACAGGAAUCUAUUUGACGAAGACUCCACUAAUAUCGACCUGCCGGUGUCAGAAGUUGGUGCUACCGUUGACGAGGUUGUUAUCCCAACGCAAUGUAGUACUCUAACACAAGUAAGGCCUCUGGCCGAUGACGAGGGUAGCUGUUUACAGCACUUGUUACUAGCUUUUUCUGCUGUUGGCUCUCAAAGUUUAUACAAUAUUGCUGACACCCAAAUCUAUGUUUCUAGAGUUCAGGAGAAACACUUAUGUUUCUAUCACAUUAUGACGUGGAAGGAGUUCAAGUUUCAGGACUGA